CUCCGCUGACAAAUCUCGCAUGAACACUGAUGAAUAUUGAAAAUGUAUAACUAUUGUAAUCGUUUGCCUGAUCAAAGAUUCUAUUGGGAAUUGGGCGCAAGUGUUUGCGCAGCUGUUUUGGAAGCGAAGUGGAUGGUAAUCGCGGGAUAUUAUUAGAAUAUUUGGGGAAAAUCAAAGAACUAUAUAAGGACUUUCAGAUUAUUAGUUAUCAUUUCACAUCUUUUUCAGAUAAAGGAAGAAUUUUGCCUUGUUGCUGUGAUUAGAGAUAUAUCUGCAGGAAAAAUGAAGUCUCUUGCCAUUCUUUUGUGCCUUUGCCUUUCCCAAGUUCUUUGCGUUCUCGGUCUACGCGAUGGAAACUGCACCGAUCCAAACCUCACAAAUCAGCUGGAUGCUAAUUGCUACAAUUAUAGUUACGGCAAUCCGAUUCAGUUUGCGACCUGCAUCCAAACUAACUAUCCCAAUGGAGGCUACUCUUACAAAUAUGACUGCUACUUUGUUCACGAAUGCCCAAAAGCUGACCAAAACUGCCAGAACUAUUGCAAAUCUUAUGGCUAUCCAUAUUCCUGCACUAUUCCAAGCAAAAGAGUCUAUUGUGCCUGCGGCAAAAUAUUGAACGACAAGCAAGUGUAUUACUAUUACGGAUAUUAAGUAAGCAUAACGAGCAGGAUGGAAUAAAGAAGACAUCGGAAAUUACCAAUCCACAACAAAAAGAUUUUAUUUUUUCUCAUUUAACGCAUUCUACUGAAAUUCAAAACCUUCUUAAUCUUGUACUAAAUUUCAUUCAAUUUAUGUAAUAUGUGUAUAUCUUUUAUGAAAUUAAAAGUUUUGUUAUCCUA